AGCUUUCCAAAGUGUUCUGGGUGAGGGCUAAUUACGGAACCAAUUGGGAAGAGCUCUACAAUCGUUAGAAUUCCUGGGUUUAUAAGGUUCGGAAACGAUCUGGCAGCUGAAAAGGUGCACCAGGGACUCCAAGCAGGCCCUAAUCGGCGCGCGGACUACAUUUCCCGGCUGUCUUCACGCCGCGGACGGGUCCUCUGCAGGGGGAAAGGGGAUUCCUCACUAGAGGCGGCGGUAUGGGGCCGGACUGGAGAACAGACUCAGCAGGCAUGACUGGAGAGGGAAGUCCCAAUGGUGCUAGAAUGGUGCUGCAGUGGCAGAAGACGGCUCACGAGUGAGGUCUGGAAGAACAACAGGGAAGACAUCCAUCAUUUGCUCCAAAGUGUGCAAGUCAAAUCCUGGGGAGAAUCAUGAUAACCCUGAUCACUGAGCAGCUGCAGAAGCAGACUCUGGAUGAGCUGAAAUGCACACGCUUCAGCAUCAGUCUGCCUUUGCCUGAUCAUGCAGACAUCUCCAAUUGUGGGAACCCUUUCCAGCUUGUGUCUGAAGGUGCUUCCUGGAAGGGCCUUCCCCAGUGUUCCUGUGCCGAGUUCCCGGACAGCCUCAACCUCAGCUACCACCCCUCAGGCUUGAGCCUGCACCUCAGACUACCCAGCCGGGGAAGCUCCCCACAGGAGCAACCCCUGCCCCAAGUCCUAGGCCCUGAACCCCCAGACCCAGAGAAGCUUCCUGUGACCCCUGCCCCUCCUUCCAAGAGGCACUGCCGCUCACUUUCAGUGCCCGUGGACCUGUCUCGCUGGCAGCCAGUGUGGCGGCCCGCCCCCUCCAAGCUGUGGACUCCCAUCAAGCACAGGGGCAGUGGUGGAGGGGGCGGGCCGCAGGUGCCUCACCAGAGCCCCCCGAAGCGGGUCUCCAGCCUCAGGUUCCUCCAAGCUCCCAGUGCCUCUUCUCAAUGUGCUCCAGCUCACAGACCCUACAGCCCCCCUUUCUUCAGCCUUGCUCUAGCCCAAGAUUCCUCUCAACCCUGUGCUGCCUCCCCACAAAGUGGCUCCUGGGAGAGUGAUGCUGAGUCCCUGUCACCUUGUCCACCCCAGCGCCGCUUCUCCCUAUCACCCAGCCUGGGCCCACAGGCAAGCCGCUUUCUGCCCUCUGCCCGGAGCUCCCCUGCAUCUUCCCCUGAGCUCCCCUGGAGACCGCGAAGUCUCCGCAACCUCCCCCGGAGCCGCUCACAGCCUUGUGAUUUGGAUGCCCGCAAAGCUGGGGUCAAGCGGCGCCACGAGGAGGACCCCCGGCGGCUGCGGCCUUCCUUGGACUUUGACAAGAUGAAUCAGAAACCAUACUCAGGAGGUCUCUGUCUCCAAGAUACAGCCCGGGAAGGCAGCAGCGUUUCUCCACCGUGGUUCAUGGCCUGUAGCCCACCACCACUCUCUGCUUCCUGCAGCCCUAUUGAGGGUUCCUCCCAGGUGCUGAGUGAAAGCGAAGAGGAGGAAGAGGGGGCUGUGCGGUGGGGGCGGCAGGCUUUAAGCAAACGGACACUGUGCCAGCAGGACUUUGGGGACCUGGACCUGAAUCUGAUUGAGGAGAACUAAAACCGAGAG